AAUAUAGUCUAUUGUGUAUUGGGACCUUUUAUCGGUAGAACCACCGCUUUCGCAACAGGAGUGUUGUUGACUUUCUUCUUAUGAUGAAGUCUCUCUCAGUUCAAUCUUCUACCUUCUGUAGUUUUUCUUCACAUGAAACUGGAACAAACCCUAGAUAUUUGCCCAUCAAGUCAUCAAAUUUUCUCUGCUGUUCUUCCAAGCCUCGAAAUUCGAGUGGAUUUUUGUGUCUGAGCACUCAAAAUGACGGCUUCAGAGAAAACUCUGGUGAAGUUGGUGGCGGAGAUGCAGUGAUAAUUGUGGAUCAUGGUUCGCGUCGAAAAGAGUCCAAUUUGAUGCUUAAUGAGUUUGUGGAGAUGUUUAAGUAUAAAACUGGUUAUGAGAUAGUGGAGCCUGCUCACAUGGAAUUAGCAGAGCCAUCAAUAAGAGAUGCUUUUCAAUCUUGCGUUCAACAAGGUGCAAAUCGCAUUAUUGUUAGUCCCUUUUUUCUCUCUCCUGGAAGGCAUUGGAGUCAGGAUAUUCCUUCCUUAAGCGCUGAGGCAGCAAAGGAACACCCAGAUGUGUCGUACAUUGUAACUGCACCCCUCGGAUUACAUGAACUACUUGUGGAUGUUGUGAACGAUAGAAUCAAGCACUGCAUAAAGCAUGUGGCUGGAGAUGCAGAUGAGUGUUCAGUCUGUGCAGGAACUGGAAAAUGCAGACUCUAUUAGUUUCUGAAACUAUGAUUCUUUUGAAUACUGUUUCUGUGCUAGAUGAGCCUGGGAAGCAAGGAAUCUGUAAAUUGAGUUGCAAUUGUUCUGAGUUUGUGAAUUCAGUGAGUUUAUGUGGAUUCUAGUAGGUCAAAAAUUGCAGUUCCAAGAGCUACUGCUUCCCAAAUGUAGUGAAGUUGAAUAUGAUUAAUAUAGUUCGAUGAAAUAAUUUGCAAUGGCAAAUUAUCAAUUAUGCAGAUCAAGUUGCAACUUAUAUUAUAUAUCUAUUCUGAUGUCAUGUUAUAUUUUUCUUA